ACCAGAUGUUGACAGGAUUUAUCAUACAUGUAAUAAGAUACUGAAGGAAAUUAUUGACAAAAAUGUGUAGGUCGAUGAUAUUGCUUGUAUUUGUCUUUAGCAGUAACGCGCAAGAAUAUUUUAAUGUCACUCGUCAACCUUCUACACAAAGCGAUGAUUUUUCAGAUGUCUUUCAAAUUCCACCAUCUCUGUGUGGUAAGGGAAAAGGUGCUACAGAAUGUUAUCAGAUGGGUGGAAGAARGAUAGGAGAUUGCCAGUGCACUUGUGACAUGAAAGCUCCCAACGAAGGAAAUAAUAAAUCAAAUGUCAUAUACAAAAGUACUUUUCUGUUUAAUGAUGGAGAAUGGCAAUGUGUGAACAACUCUUUGCUUCGAAAGCAAGCAGGGUGCCUCCGAUUAACACAAGAGCUUUACGACCCAAUAAGUACAUUGUCGAGAACAUCUUCCAAUUCUACCGAGAAACUAGUUUCACUGUACGUGCCGAGCAAUUCUCCAUGUGUUUUAGAGAGAUUACUUGCUGAUAAUACGAGUUACCUAGACUGCGAAGGAAGAUGGAAGUCUAUUAAAGGCAGCCGUUUCAACCAUACACAGUAUGGUGUCGAACUUAUACCUAAGUCCUUUCGCAGAUUGGAACCUCGCCUUGAUGGCCUGAUCAUUAGACUUGGCGUAAAAUGCAUUAAUCGUUCAUCAGUAAGCUGUCUUCUACUGAAGCUGGAUGGUCAUCAAAUCUGCCCUAAACCAACUAUUGCGAAACCUACAUUAAUAACAGUGUUUACGAGUACUUUAUCUUCAUGUGGCAGCAAAUGUAAAACAUUACCAACUCCACCCUCCCAACUACACAUGGCGAUAAUCAUGGUCUUGCUUGGCGUGGUAAUACUGGUGCUGAUUGUAAUUGCUUCAGUUUUAAUGAAUAAAGCAAGACUAAAUACAAGAAGAAAACGCUCGAUGAGACAGCUCUUUGUCACAAACAUGACAUAUUUAGCAGAAAAUAAUGAGCAUGGCCAAAACCGUGACGACGUUGUUGAAAUCGACCAAUCAUAUGAUGAAGAUGGAUACCUCUGCCCAAUAGAUAAUAAUGCACCUCGUGACAAACGAUAUGAGCCAAAGGAACUGUACAUUAAAGAAAAUAAUGAGCAUGGCCAAAACCGUGAUGACGUUAUGGAAGUCGACCAAUCAUGUCAUGAAGAUGGAUACCUCUGUCCAAUAGACAAUAAUGCACCACGUGAAAAACGAUAUGAGCCAAAGGAACUGUACAUUAAAGAAAUGGAUGGCAAUGCUGAGCGAGUGUAUAUCGAACAACCUGGUUCCUCAAUGGCUGAGCCGUACGAAAUCACUAACUUAUACAGACUUCACGACUCACUAAGUGAAAUAAAACCAAGUGCGGUAAAGUUGACCUGCGCCUUGCAGAGUCCAUUGUCUGGUGGACCUUCUGAGUGUAAUAGGCACAAACCAAACAUUAUCAAGCCUGAUCAAAACAACGCAGAGCACUUCAAUUUAAGAAAUAACCAUAGAUCCAAAGUGGAAUCUAUUUAUCGCGUCCUUGAAGACCCUAGGGCGUUUGGUAUCUCUGAUGAGGUCGGACAACUCAUUAUAGAAAACGUUCCCCAAGACCAGAGUUACCAGGAACUUACUUUUGAUGGUCAGCGGUUCAAUGUCUACCAGUCGCUUUGCAUUGCAAAUCAAAAGGGACAUCGAUUAUAGGAUAUGUGUCUUUCCUUCCUUCAAUCUAAAAAUUACUUGUGUUCAGACCUUGGAAAUUUGGUUGACAGAAGGCCCAAACGUCUCGAAAUUAUGAAAAUGGUAUAAUUUGUCCAAAAUCAAAUUCUAUAUAAAUAGUGAAUGAAUAGUGAAUAAACAAAACGAUCGUCAAGGGA